GCUUCGCAGUAACCGCUACUGACCCAACAGGAUUAACCUCAUUAAUACGAAAUCUACACGGGUGUUUUACAGGCUAAAUAAUUAAUCCGAUUUACAGGAAAGGUUACAUUCGCCUGACAUUCAAGUAUGGGUUUCUUUGACAGGUGUCGAUUUGUCCCCACCCAGGGGUCACCCAAACCACGCACAUGGGAGAGAGAUGGCGAUUUAAAGCUAAGGCGGGCUAAGCACGACCCUGGUCAGCGGUAAUUUGUCGGAAGUCUGUAUAGGCUUAUUAGCGGUACAGGAUGUACCCGACUCAGUCAAAGUGCCGACUGAUUCGCUGUGACGCGAGAGCCACGGCUCGCCAGUCCUACGACAACCCCGUCUUCUUUACCACUAACUCUCGCGGGCCUGGAGGUAGAGCGACGUAUCAGACCGACGUUGACACCGGGGGUUCACACGUUCUCUCUGGAUGCCCCUCCCUUAAGUGUGACAAACACCCGUUCCCGUUCAGUUUAUCACGGGCUCCGGCCAGGCAUGGCCUGCCGCGUGUCUUGGGGCGCCGAGAUCGCUCCUCAGCGUACAGAACCGGGGGAUCGGGUCCACCUACAGCUGGUUUCCCAACUCCCAGCGACUCCACGACCGUCUGCGUUCACGGAGUCAAACGUUUAAACCCCUUGGAGCUCUCUAAGGAUUUCCCUGUUGUCGCUGCAUCCGACGGACUCAAAAUGACGUUACCGGACGACUCGGGAGAAGUUUCCACGAAUCUGGUAGCUAAUGGAAGUGCCCAAACGGGCUCCGGGGAUGAGAAAUCUGUCCAACCCGAACGGGAAACGUGGGGCAAAAAACUCGAUUUUUUACUGUCAGUUAUUGGAUUUGCUGUUGACUUAGGGAACGUUUGGCGUUUUCCUUACGUGUGCUACAGAAAUGGUGGAGGUGCGUUUUUAAUCCCCUACCUCAUAAUGCUGAUUUUUGCUGGUUUACCGCUGUUUUACAUGGAGCUAGCUUUGGGGCAAUAUCAGCGGUGUGGGAUGAUCAGUGUGUGGAAAAAUAUCUGUCCUAUCUUCAGUGGUGUAGGGUACGGGAUCUGUUUUAUCGCCGUCUUCGUUGCUAUGUAUUACAACACUGUUGUCGCCUGGGCCGUGUUCUACACCUUCUCCUGCUUCCGGUCUGAGGUGCCGUGGGCUCGAUGCAACAACGAGUGGAACACACCCGACUGUUUCUCCGUUCUGCAGAACUUAAAUCAAUCAGCUGCCAACAGAACCAACACCUCUGCGUCUGCAGCCGAGGAGUUUUUCAAUCGUCGAGUUUUGGAAGUGCAGUACUCAAACGGAAUCGACAACGUGGGCGGAGUCAAAUGGAGCAUGGCUCUCUGCCUAUUGGCUGUCUUCCUUGUCAUAUACUUCAGUCUGUGGAAGGGCAUUAAGAGCUCCGGAAAGGCAGUAUGGAUUACGGCCACGGUCCCCUACAUCGUCCUGCUGGUCCUACUGGUGCGAGGCUGUACCCUACCCGGGGCCCUGAAUGGCAUCAUCUACUACGUCAGACCAGAGUGGAGUCGUCUGUUACAUGUAGAGGUUUGGAUUGACGCCGCCGCUCAGAUCUUUUUCUCUUUAGGUCCAGGCUUUGGCACAUUGUUGGCUUUGUCCAGCUACAACAAGUUCCAUAACAACUGCUACAUGGAUGCUCUUGUGACAGCCUCCAUUAACUGCUGUACCAGCUUCAUGGCCGGCUUUGUGGUGUUCUCCGUGCUUGGGUACAUGGCGCAUAUACAGAAGAAAAGCGUGGAGAACGUGGCAAUAGACGGCCCCGGACUGGUGUUUAUUGUUUACCCCGAGGCCUUAGCCACUCUGGACGGAUCUGUUUUCUGGUCUAUCCUGUUUUUUGUCAUGCUUAUCACCCUGGGGCUGGACAGUUCGUUUGGCGGUUUGGAAGCCGUUAUCACCGGGGUUUGUGACGAAUUCCCGAAGAUCGGCAAACAUCGCGAGAUCUUUGUGGCCAUGCUAAUCAGCGUGUGCUUCCUGACGGGACUGUCUUCAACAACAUACGGAGGCCAGUACGUUAUCAGUCUCUUGGACAGGCACGGCGCACCCAUCUCCAUACUUCUUAUCUGUUUCUGUGAAUCUAUCGCCGUCAGUUGGUUUUACGGCGCCAGGAGAUUUUCAGCUGAUUUAAAAAAGAUGCUUGGAUUUGAGCCAGGCAUUUUCUGGAAGGUUUGCUGGGCAGUCAUUUGUCCCGUGUUUCUUCUGGUGUUAUUUGUCUUGUCAUGCUACGCCUACUCGGGAAUCUCAUUGGGAUCGUACAAUUUCCCGGCCUGGUCGCUCGCUCUGGGUUGGAUCAUCACCCUUACGUCACUCAUCUGCAUCCCUAUCUACGCCAUUUACAAACUCAUAGUUACGCCCGGAACGCCAAGACAGCGCCUGAGAGCGGUAAUUACACCACAGGUUGAACCCAGCAAACCCCACCCCAUGAGUAACGACACAAAACCUCCGGUGUUAUACACCGAUUUGCCGCAGUCCACCGAGGUCUGAUAACCUGAGGGAUACCAGCCCUGGGGACCUCUCAAGACGGAAUGCUCCUUUAUCUUGGAGAAGCGCACCAGUCACACAUGAGGAUGAGAAAGGUGCCAGGAGCGUUACACUGUCCAAAGGGAUAACGUUUUAUCACGCUGCAGCUCAGGCGCAAACACACGAACGGGUUGCCAGGAAAACACUGUUGGCCUUUGCUUUUGACUUUUGCACGGUGCGACAUGAGUUUUAUUGACAUAUAUUUCCUAUUGGUGCAUAUUUUUCAGACGAAGGCGUAGUUCUGAUUUAAAGUCUGUGGUGUUGUAUCGACUAUAAGACUGUUUCAGCUCGGCUGAUUAUUCAUGGUAACCUUAAUGAAAAAAAACACCGUUAUCCAGACUUCAGCAAACGCCAGAAACAGGACAGACAGACUGAAUAUACUCUGAACUCUACGAUUGACAGAUCCAAAUCGAUCAAAAUAAACUUUUCCAGUUGUCAUCUAUAUCCCUACUGUCCUCUGCGUGAAUCCAGGCACUAAAACACGUGACCUUUAUACACGUGGAAUAUCACACUAUAAAUGUGCCGGAAGAAAUACCAUCUAAGGACAGAUUGCCGAGCUCUGAUUUCAUAGAUCUGAAUCCAUGGCAUUGACAUAUCUAAUACUGUCAAUGCCACUGCUACUGGCAAACUUGAGAAUUUGCGAGACUUAUAUAGCUUUAAUUCAAGAUGUCAGAUACCUAAAACGCGUAGGCCAGGAACAGAACGUUGCCUACGAAGUGUCUGUUGGGUUGUAUUUGUUACGUGUUAAAUGUUAUGUACUGUUA